AUGUUCUUUUCUUCUCAUUCUCUCAUUGUUUCCGUGCUCUUGGUCUCUGCCGUUCAAGCAUAUCCAGGAGUUCAAGCAGAUCCUGUUGAUGUCCUAAAUAAAGCGACAUCUGCAAUUGUUUUAGAGACCCCUUCACCUUCGAAUGGGAUUCUUGAGAAUGUAGAGUUGUUCAAAUUCUUCGCAAGAGCCGCGAAGAAAACAACAGCAAAAACCACUGCCAAAACUACCGCUAAAACAACGGAGGCUGCACCGACAACCCAGAAAACCACGGCUCCAGCAACAACGCAAAAGACUACGGCCGUGGUAACUACACCUACGACUACCUCGGUGAAAACCACCGAGACUCCCACUACCACUUCAAUCAAGUCAACUUCGAUUCCAACCACGUCAUCUACAUCCACUAAACCUACUUCUACUUUGACGAGUUCGACAUCGACUUCGGUUGUGGCACCAAGUAGUACGAGUACUAUCUCCAAAUCCUCGAUUUUAAGCACCAGCCCAAUUCCUACUUCGGUAGCUUUAACUCAGACAUCUCAAGUCUCAUCUUCCACGGUUUCUUCGCUCUCCAGCUCAUCGACCUCUAGCUCUUUGGUACCCAGUAAAAGUUCCAUUUCUGUAGCUACGUCUGCUCAAUUAUCAUCUUCUGCAUCUGGUUCAUUGACCAGUGUUAGUGGAAUCUCCGGAUCCAUUACUAGCACUGGCUCCUUGGCAUCUGGAACUGGUUCUACUUCAGCCGGUGGAUCUAUUUCUUCUGGAGUCGAUUCAAAAACCAUCGGAUCUCUCACCAGUACUGGAUCAGCACCAACAGGGACUGGCUCCAUUACCAGCACUGGCUCCUUAGCAUCUGUAACUGGUUCAGCUUCAGCUAGUGGAUCUCUUUCAUCUGGAACCGGUUCCAUCACCAGUGGAUCUCUCACCAGCACCGGACCACUAUCAUCAGGAACUGGCUCCAUCACCUCCAGUGGAACCAUAUCAUCAGGAAUUAGCUCAAGCUCGAUCUCAGGAAGCGGAACCAUAACUUCUUCCUCCCUCAUCUCCUCCUCCAGCAGUUCCAUCUCCUGCUCCGUCUCCAACACCGUAACCGACAUAACCUACUUCGUCUCCCCCGCCACCAACACCCUCGGAUCCGUAACCAAACUCUCCACCAUCUCUUCCACCGCCAUCCGAACCAUCGGUUGUUCCCUCAGCGCCACAACCGCCACAUCCACCAUUUCCUCCUCCGCAUCCAUUAGUAAAAUCGUCAUCCCCACCGGCUACGGAGAUCCCAUCGUGAGCGCCGAAGCUGGAAAUGCUGCGUUUUACAAAGCGGGCGCGGCGGGAUACUCAAGUCAGUUGAGUGUAUACAGCGCGGCGUCGACGAGAACGAGCGGGAUGACUACGAUGGCUUCUGCUACGGGAGUAGUGUCUCGGAGUAGUCCUGCGAGUGGUACGACGAAGGAAAGUGUAAGUAGUGUUGCCACUACGGAUAUCUCAAGCAUUACUAGUGCACCAACUACCUCGGCGACGGCUGCUGCUACGGGGAUUGUGGGGGAGAUCUCUUCGCUUCUCAAUAUCUUCUGA